CGGACCUACGCGGAGCCGCUCCAUAGGUGGCGCUACGCCCUCGCUCAUGUUUUGUACCCACGGGCACUCAAUCUAUACAUAUUGGCGCCAUUUUGGAGCGAGGAGGGGGAAGAGAGUCGCAGAGGAGGAUACGAUUGAUCACAAUUCACCGUAACAGGCAGUGAAGAGCUAAAGAGGAUGGCUCACUCUAAAGCUCGAGCCGCAGACGGGAAGGUGACCUACCCGCCGGGGGUCAAGGAGAUCUCUGACAAAAUCUCUAAAGAGGAAAUGGUCCGCAGGCUCAAGAUGGUUGUGAAGACCUUCAUGGACAUGGACCAGGACUCUGAGGAGGAGAAGGAGCUGUACCUGAACCUGGCCCUCCAUCUGGCCUCGGACUUCUUUCUCAAACACCCAGACAAGGACGUGCGUCUGCUGGUCGCCUGCUGUUUAGCAGACAUAUUUAGGAUUUAUGCCCCUGAGGCACCGUACACCUCCCCAGAUAAGCUAAAGGACAUUUUUAUGUUCAUCACAAGACAGCUGAAAGGACUAGAGGACACAAAAAGUGCUCAGUUCAACAGAUACUUCUACCUGCUUGAGAACAUAGCAUGGGUGAAGUCCUACAACAUUUGCUUUGAGCUUGAAGACAGUAAUGAGAUCUUCACCCAGCUUUACAGAACACUCUUCCAAGUUAUCAACAAUGGCCACAAUCAGAAGGUGCACAUGCAUAUGGUGGACCUGAUGAGCUCCAUCAUCUGUGAGGGGGACACUGUAUCUCAGGAGCUACUGGACACUGUUUUGGUCAACUUGGUCCCUGCACACAAGAAUUUGAAUAAACAAGCAUACGACCUGGCCAAAGCUUUGCUGAAGAGGACGGCUCAAGCUAUUGAACCUUACAUCACAAAUUUCUUCAACCAAGUGCUGAUGCUGGGGAAGACAUCCGUUAGCGAUCUGUCUGAACAUGUUUUCGACCUUAUUUUAGAACUGUACAACAUAGACAGCCACCUGCUGCUUUCUGUGCUGCCGCAGCUCGAGUUUAAGCUCAAGAGUAAUGAUAAUGAUGAGAGGCUGCAGGUGGUGAAGCUGCUGGCUAAGAUGUUUGGAGCCAAGGACUCUGAGUUGGCUGCUCAGAAUAAACCACUGUGGCAGUGUUAUUUGGGCAGGUUUAAUGACAUCCAUGUGCCCAUAAGACUGGAAUGUGUGAAGUUUGCCAGUCACUGCCUAAUGAACCACCCAGACCUGGCAAAAGAUCUCACAGAGUACCUGAGGGUCAGAUCACAUGACCCAGAGGAGGCGAUACGCCAUGAUGUCAUUGUCUCUAUUGUAACAGCUGCCAAGAAAGACCUGUCUCUAGUCAAUGAUGCAUUGCUCAAUUUUGUAAAGGAGAGGACCCUGGACAAGAGAUGGCGCGUGCGUAAGGAAGCAAUGAUGGGCCUGGCAUCAAUCUACAGGAAGUACUCUCUGCAGGGAGAGGGAGGGAGAGAGGCCUCUAAACAGAUUUCCUGGAUCAAAGACAAACUGCUCCAUAUUUACUACCAGAACAGCAUUGAUGACAGGUUGCUGGUUGAGCGGGUCUUUGCCCAGUACAUGGUUCCUCACAACUUGGAAACCACUGAGAGGAUGAAGUGUCUUUAUUAUCUGUAUGCCACCCUGGAUACAAACGCUGUCAAAGCUCUGAAUGAGAUGUGGAAGUGCCAGAAUAUGCUAAGAAACCAUGUCAAAGACCUGCUGGAUUUGGUCAAGAAACCAAAGUCUGAAGCAUCCAGCAAAGCUGUAUUUGCCAAAGUUAUGGUGAUCACAAGGAACCUGCCAGACCCAGGAAAGGCUCAGGACUUUGUGAAGAAGCUGGCUCAAGUCUUGGAUGAUGAUGAACGUAUCAGAGAUCAGCUGGAGACACUGGUCAGCCCCAGUUGCUCCUGCAAGCAGGCUGAAGUCUGUGUGCGAGACAUCACUAAAAAGCUUGGAAGCCCCAAACAGCCUAGCAAUCCUUUUCUGGAAAUGGUCAAAUUUCUGCUGGAGAGGAUUGCCCCGGUGCAUAUCGACACGGAGUCCAUCAGUGCUUUGAUAAAGCAAGUGAACAAAUCCAUAGAUGGCACAGCUGAUGAUGAGGAGGAAGGGGUCCCCACUGAAGAGGCAAUCAGAGCAGGACUGGAACUACUAAAGGUGCUGUCAUUCACACAUCCGGUGUCGUUCCACUCUGCGGAGACUUUUGAAUCUCUGCUCGGUUGUCUGAAGAUGGAUGACGAGAAGGUGGCUGAGGCGGCGUUGCAGAUCUUCAAGAACACAGGCAGCAAGAUGGAAGAGAGUUUUCCUCACAUCAAAUCUGUUUUACUGCCGGUACUGCAGGCCAAAGCCAAGAGGGGCCCACCACGCCAGGCCAAGUAUGCCAUUCACUGCAUCAACGCCAUGUUCAGCAACAGAGACACGCACUUCGCCCAGAUCUUUGAGCCUUUGCAUAAAAGCCUGGACCCUGCUAACCUGGAGCAGCUCAUCACUCCUUUGACCACCCUGGGUCACUUGGCUCAGCUGGCCCCUGAACAGUUUGCUGCACCGCUCAAAUCUCUAGUCGCCAAUUUUAUUGUGAAGGAUCUGCUUAUGAAUGACAGAAUCCCAGGUAAGAAGACAACCAAACUUUGGGUUCCUGAUGAUGAAGUGUCACCAGAGACUCUGGCCAAGAUCCAGGGCAUCAAGUUGAUGGUGAGGUGGUUACUUGGGGUGAAGAACAACCAGAGUAAAUCGGGCAACUCCACCCUGAGGAUGCUGACUGCUAUCCUACACAGUGAUGGAGACCUAACGGAGCAGGGCAAGAUGGGUAAACCAGACAUGUCGAGGCUGCGGCUGGCAGCAGCGUGUGCUUUACUGAAGCUGGCACAGGAGCCCUGCUAUCAUGAAAUAAUUACGCUGGAGCAAUAUCAGCUGUGUGCGCUUGUGAUCAAUGAUGAGUGCUACCAGGUGCGACAGUGUUUUUCCCAGAAGCUCCACCGAGGCCUGUGUCGCCUCCGCCUGCCACUGGAAUACAUGGCAGUGUUUGCUUUAUGUGCAAAGGAUCCCGUUAAAGAGAGGAGGGCUCACGCUCGCCAGUGCUUGGUGAAAAACGUCAACAUACGCCGAGAGUACCUCAAACAGCAUGCUGCCCUGAGUGACAAGCUGUUGUCUCUGCUGCCGGAAUACGUGGUUCCCUACACCAUCCACCUGCUGGCACAUGACCCAGACUACGUCAAAGUACAAGACAUUGAGCAGCUCAAGGAAAUUAAAGAAGCUCUGUGGUUUGUUCUUGAGAUUAUCAUGGCCAAGAAUGAGAACAAUAGCCAUGCUUUCAUAAGGAAAAUGGUGGAAAAUAUCAAACAGACGAAAGACGCCCAGGCUCCCAACGAUCCCAAAACCAAUGAGAAGCUCUACACGGUCUGUGAUGUAGCCAUGAAUAUUAUCAUGUCGAAGAGCACCACCUACAGCCUGGAGUCUCCAAAAGACCCGGUGCUGCCCUCCUCCUACUUCACUAAACCUGACAAGAAUUUCAACAACACGAAAAAUUAUCUUCCACCAGAGAUGAAGUCAUUCUUUACGCCAGGGAAGCCCAAGUCCGCCAACGUCCUGGGUGCCGUUAACAAGCCUCUGUCGUCAGCGGGAAAACAGCUUCAAAGCAAAGCUUCUCGUAUGGAGACUGCCAGCAAUGACGACUCCUCAUCCAACCCAGGCUCCCCACAGCGCAGCAAGACCAGGCAUGACAGCACUGAGUUGGAUCAUAGUGAAAACAUCAGCCUAAAGAGAGCAGACAGCACAGAUAAGGAAAUUGAAAAGCCCCGUGGUCGUAAGCGGGGCGUGACCUCCAGCGACGACCAGGACAGCAAGCCCAAGCGCGGACGCAAAAAGGCGGCGGCCAACACGACCCCAGCAGCCGAUUCAGAGGACCAGUGGGACGAGGACAAUCGGCCAGAGGACGAGCAGAACAGCCCGCCCAAAAAAGGGCGCAGGGGACGCCCCCCAAAGUCCGCCACCGCGACUCAGGACUCACCUAUGAAGGGAAAGAGAGGGAGAAAGAAGGCAGCUCCACCACCAGAGGACGAGGAGGAGGAGGAGGACGAAGAGGAGGAGCGGAUGGAGGAAGAAGCAGAGGAUGAGGAGCAAGACGAUGACGGGAGCGGUGAAAACAUGGAGGUGAAGUCAAAGGGGGGAAGACAGGCACGAACGCCAAGGCGAUUACAAGGCUCUGACUCAGCGGAGUCCACGCCACAGAAGAGAAGAGGACGUCCACCCAAAUCAGCUCAGCCACCUGCCAAGAAGCCAGCGCGCGGCGGCCGAUCGAAGGCAGCUGCUGCUAAAGACGACUCUGAGGAGGAGGAGGAAGAGGAGGAGGAAGAGGAGGAGCAGGAGGAUGAGCCAACACCAAAGGGUCGCAAGAAGGCAGCGGGACGGAGAAGAUGAGCUGAACAUACAGUGGAGGACACAAAUUGACAAGACGUGGAGGAAUGACGUAGGAAAGAAAAUAUGGACAUAUGAACUUUUUAAACUUUUCAUACGCCGAUGCUCCUACUGUUACACACACUUGCAUAUACCACAUGCACACUACAUCAGUACACGCAUAUCAUCGGCUGUGGUUCGUUGCAUUGUGUUGCAUUGUGAUGAUGUUCGCCACAUAAAGUAGAAAUCAUUUUAACAGGAAAAACAAAAAAACUCACUUGUAAAUAGUCUCUCAUGUCUGUUUCAUGUUUUGUUGUUGUGUUUGCUGACUGGGGGGAUGCUGUAAAGCCUUUACCUUGCGAUAUAAUUAAAGUGCUCCCAUGAUGAUUUAUUGCUUAUCAAUCUUCCCUCUGUCUCAAUUUUAAAAAGUGAGAUUAACUAUCUCUGUUUGUGAUAAGUGUGUUAUUUUACUUCAAAGGAAACAAGCUUUUUUUUGUUUACAGCACUGUAUAUUAAUACCUUUUUUUUACCAUGAAUAAAAAAGUCAGGAACCUGUUCAAAUGUAGAGUUGCCUCUGGAAAAGAUUGUAGUGUGUCUCUCAGUUUUAGCUUUGUACUUACUGGUAGACAGAUGUCCUGAGCAUCCGUGCUUGUAACGCAGUGUCACUGCUGAGUAAAACUCGGCUUCACAUCCACCCAGUCAGAUCCUCUGUUGUAUCAAUAUAAUUCUCUACAAAACCUGA